GUCAAAAAGAAGGUUUGGGUUACACUUUUCAUACACACCAUAUGCAUAGGAUGAGGCCUUCAAUUUCUGCCUUACAUAUCAAAAGAUAGAACACACACACAAAUAAAGCAAAGAAACAGAAUAUCUUUGAGAUCUCCUCUUUAUUUGGAGAAGACAAAACACAGAACAAGAAUUAGAAAGAAGGGAGAGAAAGCAAAAAUGGCACUAAGAAUGUGGGCUUCUUCUACAGCAAACGCUCUCAAGCUUUCUUCUUCUGUUUCCAAGUCUCAUCUCUCUCCUUUCUCCUUCUCUAGAUGCUUCUCCACAGUUUUGGAGGGUUUGAAGUAUGCAAAUUCACAUGAGUGGGUUAAACAUGAAGGCUCUGUUGCCACCAUUGGCAUCACUGCCCAUGCUCAGGACCAUUUAGGUGAAGUGGUGUUUGUUGAACUGCCAGAGGACAAUACUUCAGUGAGCAAAGAGAAAAGCUUUGGAGCAGUGGAGAGUGUGAAGGCAACAAGUGAGAUCUUAUCACCAAUCUCAGGUGAAAUCAUUGAGGUUAACAAGAAGCUCACAGAAUCACCUGGCUUGAUCAACUCAAGCCCCUAUGAAGAUGGUUGGAUGAUCAAAGUGAAACCAAGUAGCCCCGCGGAGUUGGAAUCUUUGAUGGGUCCAAAGGAAUACACCAAGUUCUGCGAGGAGGAAGAUGCUGCUCACUAGGAGGGUUUCUCUCUGUCUUUUAUGUUCCAAGUUCUAUCAAUUCUCAUGCUUGUUUUCUAAAUUUGCAUACACUCUAUGACCAACUUCACAAAAUAAGAGUUCAAGAAGAUGAAACAGAGACCUAACAAACACAUUAAGAUUUUUUCUUUCAUAUAUCUUGUUAUCCUCAAAAUGCAUUUACCAUCACCCCAAAAGCCAGUCCAAUAAAAAAGGUGAUCCUAAUCAAAAAUUAUUAAUAAAAAUUUGGU